AUGUACAAAAUGGAUUAUUCGUAUCUUAACACGUACGACUCCUGUAUGGCCGCAAUGGAAGCCUCGGCCUACGCCGAUUUCAACUCCUGUAGUCAGGCUAACACCUUCCAGUACAACCCCAUCCGGACCAGCUUUGGGGCAAACCCCGGUUGCCCGCCCCUUAGCACGGCGAGUUGUACACUCGGCGCCCUGAGGGAGCACCAACCGGCCCCAUACUCCACAGUUCCAUAUAAAUUCUUUUCAGAUCCCUCUGGACUGAACGAGAAGCGAAAGCAGAGACGCAUACGCACCACAUUCACGAGCUCUCAGCUUAAAGAGCUGGAGCGCGUGUUUGCAGAAACACACUACCCUGACAUCUACACUCGAGAGGAACUCGCACUGAAGAUUGAUCUGACGGAAGCCAGAGUUCAGGUGUGGUUUCAGAACAGGCGCGCCAAAUUCCGCAAGCAAGAACGUGCAGCCAACUCUAAAAGCGGAAAUACAGGCAACGCCGGCAAUGCUAAGAAAUCAGGCGAGGCACGCUCAUCCUCCGAGGACGAUGAGUCCAAAGAAUCGACCUGCAGUCCGACUCCGGACAGCACGGCCUCCUUACCGAGCUCCGGGAAUAUGGGAAGCCCUGGAGCCAGUAGCCUUAGCCCCAGUCCUGUAUCGGUCUCCUCCGCUGGCUUCGCCAACACCUCCACAUCCCCCUCCAUCCACCAGGGUCUGAAAUCUCCGACCUGGCCCAAUAUUGGAUCCGCCGGGGGAGGCAGCCUUACCCCGACCGCCCCUCAAGGUUCGGAUCUGCUGAAGACCUGGCAACCCGCGGACAGUAUGGCCGCUGGACCGUUUGCCGGAGUCCUUUCAUCGUUCCAUAGAAAACCGAACGCGCUCAAGACCAACCUGUUUUAGAGACUAGAUUUUUUUUUCAC